AUGGCAAUGUUUGAUUUGGACAGAAUAUCAGAUGAUCUUACUCAUACAUAUGAGGAGGAUAUCACACGUGACUUGAAAUACCUCUCCACACCUCACUUUGAGUUGCCUCCCAACUCAAGACCAGGUGAUUUCUUGGAGCAGGUUUGGGAUCACCCAGAUGCACCAAAGCCAAUCGAGAUGGCACAUGGUACUACUACAUUGGCGUUUGUCUAUGCUGGCGGUGUCAUUGUGACUGUCGACUCAAAGUCAACACAGGGAUCCUACGUUGCUUCAAGAACAGUGAAGAAGGUCAUCGAGAUCACACCAAACCUGUUGGGAACAAUGGCUGGUGGUGCUGCCGACUGUUCCUUCUGGGAGCGUGAGCUCGGACGUCGUUGCAGACUCUACCAACUGAGAAACAAAGAGCUGAUCUCUGUCUCUGCCGCAUCAAAGAUUCUUGCCAACAUCGUCUAUUCCUACAAGGGUUACGGACUGUCAAUGGGUACAAUGGUAACUGGAUGGGACAAGACUGGACCAUGCUUGUAUUAUGUAGAUAACGAUGGAACUAGAUUAAAAGGACAGAGAUUCUCAGUUGGAUCAGGAUCCACCUAUGCAUAUGGUGUCCUGGACUCUGGCUUCAAGUGGGAGAUGAGCAAUGAGGAGGCCUACGAGCUGGGUCGUCGCUCAGUGUACCAUGCCACCAACCGUGAUGCGAUGAGUGGUGGUUUCAUCAAUGUGUACCAUGUACAGAAGGAUGGCUGGAAGAAGAUAUCAUCCGACGACUGUUUCCAGCUCUACCAGAAGUACUAUAAUGUCAGAGCCGCUGGUGUCGACCCAAACAACAACAACAACAACAACGCAUAG